AUGCCAGAUUCCUCGCGCACCACGCUGGGCGAAAUUGAGGAUAUCGAUAGUGGUGAGCUCAAGGAUCAACUGAAACGAUGGAUCGAAGAGGAGGGCAUCGAAGCGAACAUUCAGCUGCAGAUGAAGAAAAAUUUAAUCGACAAAAUGAGUCGCACCACACUUGGUCGUAAAAUUGCUCUGAAACUACAAACGCAGCAUGGUAUCGUGCUAUCGCCACUGGUCCUCGUACUGAACACACUAGUGGCGGAGUUUCUGUACACCCAAAACUGCCAUUUUUCACUGUCCAUCUUCACCAACGAGAUACCCUUCAAGAACACGUUGCCAGAUUUUACCCGCUCACCCAAGUUCCGGCUCGAUCGCACGGAGCUGGGUGAAAUAUUUGAGGCCCUCGGGAUCGACCAUUACGGCGGGCUGAUGGCGAAGUAUGAAAAACAGGGCUCGCACCACAACAGCCAAUCGCUCCUGUAUAUCGUUUUUAAAUCGAUCCUGAGUUCGGUCAAGGCACAAGAAGUUAAAUUACGUCGUCUUCAGCGUGUGGAGCGACAGAAAACGAAUGCUCGCACCCUGUUGAAACGUUUCGAGAUUAAAAAGCUACACUGCAACGUUGAAAAACUCUUGCACCGCGUGAAACUCGUCGGAAAGGGUAUCGCUCAACUCGAACAAAGCCAUCGGAACGGGGCAGCAGACCCAUCGAAUCCAACCGGAAUCCCGUCAGCUCCAAAUGGCGGUGCAACUACUAGCAAGCGAGAAGAGGAAACUCUUUCACUGCAGAUGUGUUCAGAAAAUGUGUCCCGUUUGGUCGUUCGUUUGGAGUCAUGUACGAAAAUGUUUGAGCAGUUGUUAUCAUCGCUCCGGGUGGGAUCGAAGCAUGAUGCGCCGGCAGCGAAAUCGGCUGAGACGGCUGCAGCUGCGCCGUGUAGCUGUCGAGAAUCGAAGAAAAGUUACACAGAUUUCUUGCAAGAAUUAAAAUCAACGGAACACGGUAAACGAUAUGUGGCCAAACUUCAGAAACAAGUUAUGAAGCUGCUGGACAAAGAAAAGAAACAAGUACAAGAGCGCUACUCCAAGAAGUUGCAGGUACUCGAGCGAGAACAUAAGGAUACGGUGGAGAAAAUACUUUCCCGACCAUCUCAGCAAGAAUCAAUUUCACCAAAACGGCAAGAUACAAGGACUCAAGUAGAAACUAAUAGUGAAGACGUUAGUCAUCAUUUUAUGAAAAAAAUUGAUGAAAAAUUGGAUCAACUGCAUCAGCAUGAGCGCAACGUCGACAGUAAACUCGUGAUGCUCAGAAGUGAUUUGCAGAGACACGAGCAACACCAAAGCCGAUACUUUGAGUCAAUGAAGGCGGCAAAAACUAGGGAAGGGAAGCUGCAGGUCCUCCAGAACGUCGAGCGUGAGCUGUUGGCCACGUUCGAGGACGAAACGAACGCCAUUAUCCAGAAUGCAAAAACCACUAUCGAACAGCUGGAGAAAGAAAGCGACAAAAUCAACCACUCGUUUCAGCGAUACCUGCAAAAGCAGCGCGAGGACAAACGGCGGCUGAUUGAGGAAAAGGUGCAGAUUUGGACGAAAUACAACGACGAGAAACUGGAGCUUAAUCAGCGCGAACUAUUGAAUGGAAUGGCCUGUGAAGAGGAUCCGCCACUGGAGAGACCCGUGUCUGCUGUAACUGAAACGGAUGGACAAAUUCCUGUACAACAAGAUGCAGAUAAACCUACUUCCGCUGCAUCCACUGUUCGCUCGGCACACUUUGAGAACCCAUUCAAAUCGUUCGAUCCGUUACGCUACCUGAGACAAUCGCGCCCGAUCGAGCAUCGAAUGGUUGAUAUCGCAAUCGGCACAACCGUCGACACAGGCCAGCAGACAUCUUGUGAAGACCGCCAAUCCGAGGAUGCUAUUCCUGUUCACAAUGAGCCACCGCCAGGAGUGUCAUGUGCGACCGGCAGCAUAUGCCUCAGUGAGGCACUGGCCAAAGACACUCGAAACUUGCGGCAAAGCAUUGAAGAAAAUCUACAAAAGCUCGAUGAAAUGAGUCGAAUUGUGGCAAAAUCUGAUACGUCCUCAUCGAAACCAAAUGGUUCCAAGAGAACAUACGACAUUCAACGCCCGGCGCACCCCAUGCCAACGGUUGAACCACACUCGAACCGUAGCUUGGAUGACUGUUCCAGCAUCGAAAUGGGAUUAUCAGAAGGCGAGGUAGUUCAGCUCCAAGGUCCGCCAGAACAGGAUAACCUCCGGCGCCGUAGUAGCUCACCAAAGCUGGACACCACGCGAGACAUUUUGGACUACACAACACAAAAUAUUCUGAACGAGUGUGCCGCCGAGAGACCUCAGCUGAAUGGGAAAGCAAGGCAACCAAUUCCAGUAAAUGCGGUCAGUUUGAGUGAUCUGUCCAUCAGUACCAUCAGCCAGCUAUCGUGUGAAAAAAGCCAAAGCCUCGAUGGUGAGCUCGAUCGCAUCUCCACUGGGGUCCGUUCCCAUGAUUCGGAAGUUAGUUGGACUUGA